AUGAGCGUUCAUACGCCGCUUCAUCUCCGUUACGAGGAGCAAAUGAAGGACCACCCUUACGGCCUUGCGCUGUACAAGCCCACCUCGACCAAACUGCUUCGACCCGGCUCAGUCGGGUAUUGGAAUGACUUGGGUGACUGGCAGCCGAUCGCACAGCUUGAUGACCCAGAAUCACUCCAACAAAAACGUCUGAAAGCGCCAGAGGAAGAGCUAGAACGCGCAAAGUACAAAGUAAUUACCGACUGGGACCGCAAAUAUUCCACCCUGGUUACGGAGACCAAUGUGACCGGCCAAGUCGGAGUAGAAAUCCCCGGUGCACCUGCCAGCGAAGCUCUGACCUUCGAAUACAAAUCAUCCGGCAACUUCGGCGCCAUUUUGAUCACGGAGAAACCGAUUCAUCGAGAAGCGUUCCACCACGAGUCGCCAUUUAAACGAUGGGUGAAGGAUAACGUGGACGCCCUGAUGGAAUCGAAGCACAAAGAUGAAAUCAAGAGCCAUAGGCUGUCUAUCGUGACUGACGUCUACUCCACCAAAAAAAGCUCUUUGACCACAUGGACAGACUCCUCAAGGACGAUCAGGGUCGGGUUCAAAGUCACUGCUCAGAAUGCAGUGGACGCGGCCGACGAGGAGGUCGUGGUGUUCGCAAGUGGAUUCAAAUUUCACAUCCACGAGCUCCUAGGCUGGACCAAAGUGACCACCCAUCCCUUGGAGUCUACGUCGCGGCUUGCUGGCGAUGCAAAAGAUGAGACAAUUGAUGAAGAGACGCGACAGAAAGUCAUCACAAUGAAAAGCCCGGGAAGGAACGAUACAGGCUACGAAAUUCGUCUCGACACAUUUGGGAAACCGCAACACGAAGGUGAAAAGGAAGAAGAGGAGGAAAGCGACGAUAAUCUCUGA